AUGAUCACUAUAGUGCUUCAAUUCAUAUAAAUUGGGCUCUUUGCAUUUGGUAAAUUCCUAUCGGCAGACAAUAACACAAAUACUUUUUUCGCAUUAGUAGCUGCUUUUGCAAUUGAAAUUAUUGUUGCUGCUCCAACAACUGAUAAAACAAGAUGGAUUUGUUCAAAGUCAAUGUAAUCAAUUUGUAAAAAUGCAUUGCUGUUUUCAAUCAUCCUCCAACACAUCGAAGAUGAACAUUUAUACUGGGUAGUGUUGUCUGGUGGAGUCUUAAAAAUAACAAAGAAUUUCACAACAGUGUUAGCAAUAAAGAAAAUAGAUUAAAUCUUAAAAUAUAAUACUUUUGUCGGAAUUUAUGCAUAAAUCUUUUCAUUCUACAAGAUCAUCCAAGUGUGUUCAUAUUUGUUUUUAACAAGUUUAUUUUUAUAAUUGGAAUUGCAUACUAUCUUUUUAGGUGAUCAUUGGAAGAUCAACUCAUUAAUAGUAGUCAACUUUAGCUUUAUCCCAUUUGCAUUAUUGAUUAUUUUUAAUCUAUUUGAGUCGAUUGUGUAUAUUAAAUGGAGUUUGAAAGGUGAAUAAUAAAAAGUAUAAUAAAAAGAAUAAAAAAAGGAGAAAAAGAAGUGA